AUGACACCUCACAGGUGGUGGAUUUAUCAGUCUGAAAUGCUCAACCUGAGUCAGAUUCAUAUCAGAGGAGCACAGACGAGUAAGAUGGACUACUCUACAAGAACACUAGCAAGGGGCUGCUUUGGAAAAAUAUAUAAGGAGAAUUUCAAUGGCACCUGGGCAGCGAUGAAGAAAGUGCCUCUGGGCAUCAUCAGCAAGGAGCAACUUGAAAGAGAGUGCAAAGUUUAUUAUAAUGCCCAUCACAACAAUGUGGUUAAGCUUCUUGGAGAUCCGUGGCUGCAAGAUGGAAAGUGGCACAUUCCUCUGGAGUUUAUCUUUGGAGAGGAUCUCGAGACGACCAUAUUUAAUGUACAGAGAUCUAAAAUACAGCUGACCCCAAAGGUGAAGGCCACCAUCAUCACUGGUAUGUGUGAAGGCUUGUUCCACCUCCACAGCAAAGACAUCGUCCACCAGGAUCUUAAACCUGACAACAUCAUGGUUGAACAUGGUACCCAUCGUGCUGUGAUCAUUGAUAUGGGCCUCGCAAAAUUCUCAUUCAACGGCUUAUCCUCCGCCCAGAACUUGGGGAAUGAGGCCUACUCCGCACCUGAGAUCCUGCAAGCCAAUGGAGUUCGGGACAAGCGCUCGGAUGUGUGGGCCAUGGGCAAAAUUAUCGCCGAACUCCUCGCAAGAGUCAGGCUGCCAACCACCUUUGUGUCUCCCACCAAGAUCAGGGAGACUUUGAAUGACAGCCCUUACUGCAACGUUGUGUCCAAGAUGGUGACCACCAACCCCUCAGAGAGAACCUCCAUGGUUGGAGUGAUCAGUGAAAUCCGGCGGGCUGGUGUCAUUUUAGGGGCAGAUGUGGUCACGAAGCCAGGGGCAGGAAUAGGACGACCUAACCCCGUUUUGGUGGCACAAGACGGUGCCAGAGGGCCAGGGCCUGUUGGCCUAGCUCCAAACCAAAAAGCUCAUCGUCUACCAACACCUUUUCCCAAAGCACCAGCAGCUGACGCAUCAGUGGUUCGCUUCAACCAUAGCCCAUCUCCACAACCAGUGGCGUUAGUUUCAGGUUCCAACAGAGCGUUUGUCACCGAGUUCUCGAAGAUGUCCAUUCCUUGUCCCUUGCCACCAGAUGGAACAGUGACCCAACGACGUUAUGAUGACAAAAGUGGACAGCUGCAGAUCAAAGAGAUAGUGACGAGGAAUGGCAAGAUUGUUAAGUAUGAGGAUGUGAAAAUAAGUAAGUCGUGAAGAUCAGGAAGCCUGGGAAUGGCCACUUUUACUGUUCCUGUAUUGGUACCGAAACCUUGACUGUGGCCUGAUAUUGGUACCAGUCCAAUACUCCCACUCUAAAUAUCUAGGUAUUCGUUUAUGUUAACGUCAUGCUAUUUGUAGCUACUUCACUUUGUUACAAGCAAUUCUGCUAUUUCAGGAUUGACUUUGGACUGGAUUCAUUCCUUUUUUCGUCAAGCCAGCAUUUUUGGAUCAAUGCCGUAUGAAUGGUGUAGUUAUGGUUCUAGGGUGCAGGAGCAUUUGUGAGUGUGCAUGUUGUUUUUUUGUGUGUGUGUGUGUGUGUUUUUGUUGUUUCUUGUGCAGGAAGGUUAUAGACUUUCAAGCAGUGUCCUGUGAAUUUAGGGUGAGUCUGGGGAAAAUUGGUGCUGUUGUCUGUAUAGUGAACAAAAUGUAUAUAUACAAUGCAAUACUGGAACCAUCAUAAAUGAGUUCGACUGUAAAAUCACUGUUACGAGGGAAAAAGCGUGAAGUAGAGCGAUGGUUGCAAGUGGUGGAUAUAAAAUGUUAGCUGAAAACAGAAAUAAACCUGUGAGAGGUACGAGCCAGUAAGCAUGUUUUCCCUGUAUUUCAUUCACUUUUAAUGAAAUGCGGUGUUUCCAGAAGCUUACAUGGGAAAAGAAGGCUCAUGUUUUAUGUAUGUACAGAUUUUUUACCGUAAAAUUCAUGCUCUUUAAUACAUUGGCCAUCUUUGUCAAUGCCAGGUUUGAAUUAAUUCCAGAUUGUUUUUAUGUACAUAUGUACAUACACAUAUAGUAAGAGUUCGCUCUGUAACUGGUGUAAUUAGGGGAGCUGCACAUUCCUGUGGGCGGAGCUGUGGUGACAGAUAUUGCUGUUUAAUAAGACGACUGACUGUUGACUCGCUUUGCCUUAAAGGAUGUCAUUCAGCUUCUUGUCAGAGAUAUUUAUGUCCCAUAAUCAUUCCAGUCAUUCAGCUUGUUCUCACUGUUUUUAAAGCCAUUUGUCCACUGAGCAAUGUGAAAUAAACUAAAAUGAUUUACAACAGAAAAA